UUAUUGUCCACGACGACGGGAAAGCGCGGACAGUAUAAUAUAGGCUUGUAGAUCUAUUUUGUACAGAAUAAUAAAUUAUUCCAAUAAAUAGUCGUUCUGUGAACGAAGUCUGUACGUUUAUCAAUUUGGUGAAAUGUACGGUUUAAUCGGCAUGGCGGUAUGAGGAAAAAAAGAAUUAUAAUAAAUUAUAAUAAUUAAUAGGUAUUCGAUUUAACCAUGGACAUAAAUUAUAAUUGAUGUAAUUUAAAUGUCCGUGGAUUUAAUGAUCGUUGUUAAUAUUGUUCUGCGCUAUAAGUUAUAACCGUAGGUCCACACAUAAUAAAUAAUUAUCUAUAGACUGAGGGACAAGGGUCAGUUGUAACACUGUAAUCAUUUUAUGGUUUUCGUGGAUUUAUCAAUGAUAAUACGCGUUGUGAAAUACAAUUGAGGUGUUUGUUAAUUAAUAUUAUAGAAUAACUCCUAUGACAGAGAUGGGAGGCUUUCUUUUUUUUUUUAAUUUGAAAACUAAACGAUUGCGUUGAAAGACCAUUUGCAUUAACGUACGAAAACAAUUGAACAGAAUCUGACACUGACGUAUAUUAAAAAAUGACGACUGCAGAUUACGUUUCCAAAUAUUUGGGAUUGUUGAGUAAACUGCACAACGACCAAACAGCAUUGGCACCCUUAAGGGUUUCUAUCUUAUGUUCUCAGCACAAUCAAAGCAGUCUACUAGAUGAAAACAAAUCUACAAACACAGAAAACUAUUGUCAACACUGUUUAACUCCCUGGAAGUAUGGACAUUUUGUUAUGAAAACUCUUCCAAAUCGAAAAAAAAAUGAUAAAAUACAAAAAAAGCGUUCUACUAUGUUAUUUAAUAUGGGAAUUAAGUGUAUGGUGUGUUUAAAUACAACUAGUUCAGUGUACAAGAAGAAUAAAAUAUUAAAUCAAAAACCUACUGAAAAAUUGCUAAAGAGUUCAACACCAAAUAAAAGUAUUGAAAAAACAUCAAAAACUGAAGAAAAAGUUGAAACUAUAGUUAAUAAAAAAACAAAGAAAAAAAAAAGAACCCUAUAUGCUGGCUUAAACCCAUUAGUUUUUAAAAAUUUAAAUAAGAACACAUUAAAAAAUCCAACUAUGAACUUAUGAUAAUGAGUGCAAAUAAAAUCUUUUAUGUAA